CAAUAACACACGUAUAACACAUAUAUGUGUGCUUCAAACAUUUGAUAAAACUUUAGUAUAAGGACAGUCAAAAUUUUGAACUAACUGUCAUGUUAAAACCAUGAGUUAUUCAGUAUGUAAACAUCCACUUCAAAAAAACAAGAAAUUCCAGUCUGAAAGGCCAUUGUUUCGCUAACUGCGUGCGGCGGAAAAGGUUGCGAGUGUUACAGAGCCCUUUAGCUAAUUUAGCCAGCGCCCUUUGUGUCACCAACCUACCAGCUGUCGUGAAUAGUCAGUGGCAUUGUGCGAACAUCAACAGCCGCCAUCAUGCUUGCCUGCCGCCAAUUACAUUUUUGAAAACAGUUCGCCGCAGUCCCAUAGCCUGCGUCUGUAACUAUCAACACUCGAAGAGGAAACCGACCCGAAAUGGCCGGGACCUCUUUCAGCCUGGCAUCUGCGCUUGCGCAGCUGUACGAAAAAACAGGCGAAGGCCACCAGGAACUUGAUGACGAGUACGAACGUGCGCUAGGUCACGUUGAAAAUGUCUUGAGCAAUCUAAGCGCAGCUGCAAACUCUGUUGAGUGCGAGUUCACAGUGCCAAAGACGCCUGGCCGAAAGCUGAGAGCUCGCAUCAGUGCCAAGAACUCGUAUUCCUCACAAGCAGCACAGAAGCGAAAGACUCUAUCAUUAUCAAAGAGUUCCAAGCAGCAGAGUUCAACAAAGAAGAAAGUUUUAGCCGUUCAAGAUGAUGCAAAAUCGUCCACGUCAUCGGAGGACCCAGAGAAGGAAAAUGCUGAUGUCCAACCCAACUCUGCGGUGAGGCCUACCAGGGCUGCCAGUAAAAAGGCACCACCUGCUGUCAAGGUGGAGGAUGCGUCACCAAAAGAAGAUUCAAACCUUCGUCAGCCCCUACGAAGUACAAGACAAACGCGGGCUCAGACGGCAAAACUGGUUUCGGCGACCCCGCCCCGUGGAGCAGGCGUUUCGCGAGCAUUGCUCUUUACAUCUGCUAAUCGUGCUACAACGCCAUCAAAGCAGCUCUUUUCGCCGUAUGCAAAGUGUAGUGUGCAGGAGAAGGCAAAAGCCUUUGAGUCAAAGGAGCCCAUUAGCCCCUUGCAUGCCACUGCAAACCUGAAGAGCAGCAAUGCAGCAAGAAAUCGAACCAGAUCUGUGGCUGUUACAGAAAAGGCUGUUUCGACACCCGUGCAUCCUGCAUCUGAACAUGCUACCGAGGACAGUGUGCCUGGAACUCCGGCAAGUCCAAAAACACCAGCCUUGCGAACUGUUCCGAAAUCUCCUUCGAAAAAUAGUAGCGUAGAAAAAACUACAGCUGCCACCAUUGAAAACCUGUCUUCCUCGGCGCCAGACACAGAGCUGGUAAAAGAAAGGCGCAUCACAAGGGCUUCUGUUGCAGCUGCGUCAGUCGCCACACUGCCAAAGACAACCUCACCGGAAACGCCUGCUGGUAUUCAGGCAGCUAGUAGACAGCAUCCUGUGUCAUCGCCAUCGACUGCAGAAUCGGACAAUGACGAUGAUUGGGUGGAAUCGCCUACCACACCGAAGCGAGCUCGUCUCGUCCCUACAAGCUCCCACAUCGAGUCAGGUGUGAAGCUCAGCGGUGUUCUAGGCUCCACCAAGGCAGGUGGAAAGGACCGGCCAGGACUUAAAACAGGAGCUGCACGCAAGAUUUCAGCGUCUGUUACUUCCUCCUUCAGGUUGGCUCCCACUACUCCAAAGCAGGUCACGCCUUCAAAGGUAGCACGACCGCUUACCAUGAGUGAAGCACGACAGGGCGCUCAUAAGGCAUCCAUCUUAGAGGGGUCCACUCGCAAGAGGCAUGAUAGCAGCAGCAGUGAGUUAGAGCAGCAGCGCAAGCAAGACCUUUUGCGGAUGAAAAUCGAGGCAACAAAAAAAGAACGAGAGCAAAGGCUGGCUAGGGUACAAGCUCAGCGGGAGCGACGUGAAGCUGAGCGGCGAGAGCAGGAGCAGUUGCGACAUCGGGAAGCUCAGCAGAAGGAGCUGGAGAGGUUGAAGCAACGAACUGCCUUCCAUCAGCGCAAGCAGAGCGAGCGGAGCCUCAAUGUAGACACCCUGGCGGCUUCUACAAAAAGGAAAGCCGAAUCCCCCCUGGUUUCUGCAUCUAAGAAGUUUACGCCGCUGAAAUUAAGCAAGCCUCCAAAGAUGGCCAGGAAUGCUUGCGCUGAUGCAGAGGCUGCCAGGCUCAUCUUUGCCCAGCCAAGUACAAGUCUCUCUCAGAAGGCAAAGGCAAACAACAGCCUUCAGCAGCAGGCGAUGCUGAACAGCCUGUCGCAGUCGCUCAGGAACCAGGCGAGCUUUCUGCCCUCCCCUGAGCAACCUCAGGCAGUCUCUGCUGCAUCACAGUCCAUCACGGAGCUUGUCGAGGGCACGCCAGAAAAGCCGUCUGCUGCUCUGAACGUCACCGUCACAGUGUCUUCCGAGGACAAGCCUGCGGAGGUCCUCAGCGAGACAUUCACAGUGCCUUCGAUUGAUCAUGAGUCCAGUGUACUGAAGACACCAUGUGCUGCCAACUCCACGUUUGUUAGAACCGAAGGCCCCCCAAAGUCGAGCGGGUAUGACAUCACACCGCACAGGAGUGAGCUUCCUCCGGAACCCAUCGAGGACAAAAACAACUACAACAUUGAGGACCUCAGUUCCGGCGACGAAACUGAUGAUGAUGAGAAACCACGCAAGGAAGUCCCUGCCUGGGCUAAAGGUGCUGCCCUGAAUGCCCUCAUCGUACAACAGAGCAAAAGUGGCAUAUCAGGCUUGGAGUUUUUCGGCACGAUGCCCUUGCUCAGUUUGGACAACAUAUUCCCCGUGAAAAAGAAGACAUUCAACAAGCGCACCAGUUCAGCAUUGUGGGACUGAGGAUACCAGAAGAUGCUUUACUCUCUUGAAACGAGUUGCAGUAGCCAUGUGGGUGGUCGCUCAAAGACACGAGUAUGGAACUAACCCCUCACAGCAUCUGCCGCACACUUUGUAUGGCAGACUUGCCAUGUGAAAGUCUUUUACCAAUCACUUGCCCGACAAAAAAUGUUCCAAACUACUGCAGAAUGUGGAUGUAAAAAUGGGGCAUAGUGAAUAUUAUGAAAGCAUGGCAGCGCAGUGUGCAGUGCAUUUCAAUGUGCUAGCAUUUCUCUGUACUUUUUUUCUUGCAGAGUUGCAGUAGCCGUGUGGGUGGUUGCUCAAAGACCCGAGUAUUAAACUAACCUCUCACAGCAUCUGCCGCACACUUUGUAUGGCAGACUUGCCGUGUGAAAGUCUUUUACCAAUCACUUGCCCGACAAAAAAAUGUUUCAAACAAUGAAUCGAAAGAUUGGCACAUGAUUGUUAGUUUUAACGGUGCCUUUAUGGUUUGCGAUCUUUAGAAGGAGCAACGCUUGUCACUUCGUGUGAUUUGCCUGAAGCAGCGUUCAUAGCCAAGUGAGAAUGCAACCCCUGAAGAGGCUGAAUUGCAUUAUCUGCUGCAAAUAAGGCACAGCCAGACAUCAUUGUAAUAAUUUUUUGUGCAGCAUGAAAUUACAUUUAUUAUAUCCGAUUUUCUGUUGUAGCCAUGUUUAUUUGUAUAGAAUUUUUUGUGUGUUCAUUUUGAUUGCAGGUGUCGUAGUAUCAUUUGUACUGGUUUCGUUUUAUUAUAUUCUGUGGAUUUAUUUAACUGUGUGGAGUUCUUGGCUUGCGAAACUCAACCCAACUUGCUUUUGCACGUACUUACGUGCUAGCUUGCCAUUGUACAUACCUCGUGUUGUAUUCGUCGUAGCUUUGUAUGUGCACUUUGAUUUUCAACUCUUUUGCUUUGACAAUAACAGUGUUUGCUGUUUUAAUCGUAUUGCGAAGCACCUUUUGGAGCCUUGUGCUCUUUUAUUCUGGACAGAAUCGAUUGCAUUGAAAGCAGUAAAUCAUGAAAAACUUCGAGUGGCUGUGUAUGCCUUUCACUUCUCUUGGUCCAGGUAGUAGGCAUGAACAGGUGCGGCUUUUCAUGUCUGGUAGAGACUGGGUGAAACCAUUACAGUCUCGUUUUCAAGUCUGCUUUUGUAUACUAUAUGCUAAUUACGACUUUGUACACUGAUUUAUAACCCCAUGGUGAGGGGAGGCUGUACGUCCUUUAUCAACUUUUUAUAUUUUUGUGGGCACGUUGUGUUCUUUGCAUUGUGUUCUGAUACUUUUACAAUUUUUGCUUGAUUUAUGUGCAUCAUUGACUCCUGUCAGCAGAAGCUCUUAGAAACUGCCAAUUGUUCAGGUGACUCACUGCACAAACUGCAAUGGCUUUCUGAGGAGCUCAAAGGUCGCUUUGAGUUUCUGAAUACAGCGCAGUUGGCCAGUGAAAAAUUAAGAGGUCAGACGUACUUUUUGUUUUGCACUCCUGAACACCCGGUGGAAAACCUCUUUUGGCAUCAGGUGAAAUGCUCGAGAGAGGCCAGGGAGUGUUAAAGUUAAAAAUGAAGAAGGAAAUUGAAUCUUAGAACUUCUCUUAUUUUGGGAGCAGCACACAGAAACUCAUACAUAUUGUUUGAAAGAAUGGAGCUACACAAAUGUCAGCUGCAUGCACAAUGGUGUUAGGUACCAGGUUGGGAAAGUAUUUAGCUGCA